AUGGAACAGCUCUUGGUGAUAUUGCUCUGUGGCCUAGCCGCGUCAAAGGCACCGCCACCAUUAGAUGGUUGUAUGACCAUCGAGGGAACCCGUGUCUGCUUAGUUACUAAACCUGACGGAACCCCACAAUUCUCCUUGACAAAGAUACCGCCACCGUUAGAUGGUUGUAUGACCAUCGAGGGACAUCGUGUCUGCUUAAUUAAUAAGCCUGGUGGAUCCACAGAAUACUCCGUUACAAAAGAGGGGACAAUACGAGUACCGCCAGCGCCAGAUGGUUGUAUGUACAUCGAGGGACACCGCGUCUGCUUAAUUGAUAAACCUGGUGGAUCCGCAAAAUUCUCCGUGACAAAAAUACCGCCACCGUUAGAUGGUUGUAUGAUGAUCGAGGGACACCGCGUCUGCCUAAUUAACAGACCUGAUGGAUCUGCAAAAUACUCCAUUACAAAAGAGGGGACAACGCGAAUAAAUUACCGUGGAUCCAAAAAACUAUUGCAUAAGAAGGAAAUGCAAGUACCGUCACCGUUAGAUGGUUGUAUGAACAUCGAGGGAUCCCGUGUCUGCAUAGUUAAUAAACCUGAUGGAUCCACAGAAUACUCCAUUGCAAAAGCAGGGGAAAUACGUCAUCGUGCGUCCAAGAAACACACAAUUUCAAAAUUGGAAAAGAAGGGCAUGCAAGCACCAUCUGGACACAAAAAAAACACUAUUACAAAAGUGCAUAAGAAGAAAAUGCAAGGAAAACCACGUGGACUCCAUAAAAACACUAUUAGAAAAUUGCACGAGAAGAGAAUGCAAUACCCAUGGGUGACGUGGCAAUACGUGCGUACAAAUGAAAAUAGAUCGAGGUUACCAUGGGUUUUCGAGCAACCUGAAAGGCAGGAUGAGUUUGAGAACGUAAAGUACCUUCGGCUUGAAACAGACGAAUACAUACUCAGCUUCAGGGAGGGUGAUUUA